AUGAGCAUCAGUGGGCACCAGCCUCAAAGUGGGCAGCAGCGGGCACCAGCCUCCAGCCUCAAAGUGGGCACCAGCCUCCUGCCUCAAAGUGGGCAGCAGCGGACACCAGCCACCAGCCUCAAAGUGGGCAGCAGCUGGCACCAGCCUCAAGUCUCAAAUGGGCACCAGCCUCCAGCCUCAAAGUGGGCACCAGCCUCCUGCCUCAAAGUGGGCAGCAGCGGACACCAGCCACCAGCCUCAAAGUGGGCAGCAGCUGGCACCAGCCUCAAGUCUCAAAGUGAGCGGCAGCGGGCACCAGUUUCCAGCCUCAAAGUGGGCAUCAGUGGGCAGCAGCCUCAAAGUGGGCAGCAGCGAGCACUAGCCUCGACGCUCAAAGUGGGCAGCAGCCUCCUGCCUCAAGGUGGGCAGCAGUGGGCACCAGUCUCCAGGCUCAAAAUGAGCAUCAGUGGGCACCAGUCUCAAAGUGAUCAGCAGCGGGCACCACCGUCAAAGCGGUGCUUCAAAGCGGGCACCUGCCUCAAAGUGGGCAUUAGCGCGCACCAGCCUCCAGCCUCAAAGUGGGCACCAGCCUCCUGCCUCAAAGUGGGCAGCAGCGGACACCAGCCACCAGUCUCAAAGUGGGCAGCUGCGGGCACUAGUCUCCAGCCUCAAAGUGGGACCAGCCUCCUGCCUCAAAGUGGGCAACAGUUUGCACCAGUCUCCAGUCUCAAAAUGAGCAUCAGUGGGCACCAGUCUCAAAGUGGGCAGCAGCGGCCACCAGCCUCAAAGCAGCAGCGGGUACCAGCCUCCUGCCUCAAAGUGGGCAGCAGCGGGCACCAACCACCAGCCUCAAAGUGGGCAGCAGCGGGCACCAACCACCAGCCUCAAAGUGGGCCGCAGCGGGCACCAGCCUCCUUCCUCAAAGUGGGCAUCAGUGGGCACCAGCUUCAAAGUGGGCAGCAGCGAGCACCAGCCUCCAGCCUCAAAGUGGGCACAGCCUCCUGCAUCAAAGUUGGUAGCAGUGGGCACCUGUCUCCUGCCUCAAAAUGGGCAGCAGCGGGCACGAGCCUCCAGUCUCAAAGUGGGCAGCAGCGGGCACCAUUCUCCAGCCUCAAAGUGGGCAUCAGUGGGCACCAGUCUCAAAGUGGGCAUGAGGCCUCUGACCUCAAAGUGGGCUGCAGCGGGCACCCGCCUCUAGCCUCAAUAUGGGCAGCAGCAGGCACCACCCUCCAGCCUCAAUGUGGGCAACAGCAGGCACCAGCCUCCUGCCUCAAAGUGGGCAUAAGUGAGCACCAGCUUCAAAGUGGGGAGCAACGGGCACCAGCCUCAAAUUGGGUAUCAGCGGGCACCAGCCUCACUGUGGCCAGCAGCGGGCACCAGCCUAAAGCCUCACUCUAG